AUGGACUCAAUUCCAUGCUACUGGUAUUCCAUUUCAAAUGGUUUUCACAUUAUCGCCGCGCAUACUGGUAGCCCAUGUUUGAAGUUGAAGCCAAUAUCUGCAUCAUCCAAAUGUGGUUGUCUGAUGGUAAAUGUCCAGACCUAUGGUGGUGGUCUGUGGCAUACUUGGUUUGACCGUGACUUAAGUGUUGCUGGUAGGGUAAUUGUUAGAGCAGAUGAUGACAGCUUUCAGCACAAGCUUGUUAAGAUAAAAAGACCUAUACUGGGAGUGCCUACACUAGCCAUUCAUCUUGACCGGUAA